AUGAGUGAAAAACUCCAUGUGUCAUGUCCUAUAUGUGGAAAAAAUGUUGAUAUUGAUUUAAUAAACAUUCAUUUGGAUAAAAAAUGUGAAGAUUACGGCAAAAAGUUUUCUAAUUCUUUAAAUUUGACUCAACAAAAAUUAUAUGACAGUGAAAAUUCUAUGAAUUUUAAAUCUUUUUUUUAUAAAAAACAUCCUAAAUUUUCUGAAAAUACUUUAUCUUGUUCAUCCUUAUUUAAAAGAAAAACAGAACAAAAUGAAUUUGACUUAAUGAAAUUUUCAAAAAAAAUCAAUAAUAACAAUAAUGUCGAAUCAUAUAUUCCUCUUUCAGAAAAAGUUCGCCCUCAGACAUUUGAUGAUUUUGUAGGUCAAGAAGAUCUGAUUGGAAAACAUGGUUUACUUCGGAAAUUAAUUGAAAAUGAUAAAUGUCCAUCUUUUAUAUUAUGGGGAACAUCUGGAAUAGGAAAGACUACAUUAGCAAGAAUAAUUUCAAAAAUUACAAAUAAACAAUUUAAGGAAUUUUCCGGAGCAUCUACUCAUAUAUGUAAUCUUAAAAAGGCUUUUGAUGAAGCAAAAAGAACUUUGUCUUUAACAGGACGUAAAACAAUUAUAUUUGUAGAUGAGAUUCAACAAUUUAAUAAGAUGCAACAAAAUAUUUUUUUGCCAUAUAUAGAAAAGGGAAUAAUUACAUUAAUUGGUGCUACUACUGAAAAUCCCAGUUUUAAGAUAAAUAAUGCUUUACUUUCUCGAUGUAAGGUAUUUGUUUUAAAAAAACUUUCUUCAACACACAUUUAUAAAAUCUUGAAAAAUGCUAUAUCAAUAAUUAAACAGUCCUCAGAAAAUAUAAUUAAUAUUGAUGAUAAUAUUCUGGAAUAUUUAGCAAAUUUGUCUGAUGGUGAUGCUCGAAUUGCGUUAAAUAUAUUGGAAAUGAUAUUAAACUCUAAAGUUAAUGAUCGAGAUGUAAUUACAAAAGAAAAUAUAAAGAAUAUUUUUCAAAGGACAUCCUUUAUUUAUGAUCGUAUUGGUGAUUCUCAUUAUGAUACUAUAUCUGCAUUUCAUAAAAGUAUUCGUGGUUCUGAUGCUAAUGCAGCACUAUAUUAUCUUGGAAGAAUGCUUCUUGGUGGUGAAGAUCCUCUUUAUAUUGCCCGUAGGAUGGUACGUAUUGCUUCUGAAGAUAUUGGAACAUCUGACAAUAAUGCGCUUCUUUUAGCAACGUCGGUUUAUCAGGCCGUUCAAUUUGUAGGGAUGCCUGAAGCAGAUAUUUUUUUAGCUCAUGCUGCUGUUUAUUUGUCAGAAGCAAAAAAAUCAAUUAGAAUUUAUUCAGCAUUAAAUCAUGUUAAGGACGUUCUUAAAACAGAGGAGGGUGCAUUUAGUGCUGAAAUUCCACUGCAUAUCCGAAAUUGUCCUACGACUUUAAUGAAUGAGCUUGGUUAUGGUGUAGGUUAUAAGUAUAAUCCUCUUUAUGAAGAUGGAAAAGUAAAACAAGAAUAUUUACCAGCUACAUUAAAAACACGAGUAUUUUUGGAUAUAGAUGAAAAAAAAAUAGUAGAUUCAGAACUUUUAAAAUAG